AUGCCAUUAAGUCAUAGUUUGAAAACCACACUACUCACGAUAACAUGGUUACCCGUGCUUUACACAUUCACCAAUCAUUUGUACCAGCCAUAUCAAAUAUCGGGAUCCUCCAUGACUCCAACAUUUAAUCCAGGAACCGCCACAAUCUCGAAAGAUGUAGUGCUUGUACAGAAAUAUAACAUAAAGACGAAGGAAAAUAACAUAUCUCGGGGCGAUGUGAUUAUGUUUCGUCUGCCUUUAGAUCCUGAAAAGUUGUUGACAAAGAGAGUAGUUGGAAUUAAUGGAGAUGUCAUACUACCGUCUUCUGAUUACCCCAAGCUGGAAGUGAGGAUACCACGAAACCAUUAUUGGGUUGAAGGUGAUAACCGAGUACAUUCCAUAGAUUCCAAUGAGUUUGGCCCUAUUAGUAAAGGUUUAGUGGUGGGGAAAGUCGUGAUGAUCCUUUGGCCGUUGAGCCGGUUUGGACAGACAUUGGAAAAACGUUGA